AUGGCGGGCUCGGAGCGGCAGCGGCCGCGGCGGCAGGACGACGGAGACUCGGCCGCGGCGGCGGCGGCGGCACCCCUGCAGGACGCGGAGCUGGCCCUGGCUGGCAUCAACAUGCUGCUCAACAACGGCUUCAGGGAGUCGGACCAGCUUUUCAAACAAUACAGAAAUCAUAGCCCAUUAAUGAGUUUUGGAGCCAGCUUCGUCAGUUUUUUGAACGCCAUGAUGACAUUUGAGGAAGAAAAAAUGCAGUUGGCGUGUGAUGACUUAAAGACGACAGAGAAACUGUGUGAAAGCGAAGAGGCUGGAGUAAUUGAAACCAUCAAGAAUAAAAUUAAGAAAAAUGUUGAUGUCCGAAAAUCUGCCCCCUCUAUGGUUGAUCGGCUUCAGAGGCAGAUAAUCAUAGCUGACUGUCAAGUUUAUCUGGCUGUGCUCUCGUUUGUGAAACAAGAAUUGUCAGCCUAUAUAAAAGGUGGGUGGAUCCUUAGGAAAGCCUGGAAGAUUUACAAUAAAUGCUAUCUGGACAUCAGUGCCCUUCAGGAACUGUAUCAGAAGAAGCUAACUGAAGAGCCUUUGACUUCUGAUGCUGCAAAUGAUAAUCACAUUGUGGCUGAAGGGGUGUCUGAGGAGUCUCUAAACAGACUGAAAGGUGCUGUUAGCUUUGGAUAUGGCCUUUUUCACCUUUGCAUAUCCAUGGUGCCCCCCAACCUGCUCAAAAUCAUCAACCUGCUGGGUUUUCCUGGAGACCGCCUGCAAGGGCUUUCUUCACUGAUGUAUGCAAGCGAAAGUAAGGACAUGAAGGCCCCUUUAGCUACAUUGGCUCUGCUCUGGUAUCAUACUGUAGUCCGUCCGUUUUUUGCCUUGGAUGGCAGUGAUAACAAAGCAGGCCUGGAUGAAGCGAAGGAAAUUCUUCUCAAAAAAGAAGCUGCUUAUCCAAAUUCUUCCCUCUUCAUGUUUUUCAAGGGACGCAUACAACGAUUAGAGUGUCAAAUCAACAGUGCCUUGACUUCUUUCCAUACCGCCUUGGAGCUUGCGAUAGAUCAGCGAGAAAUCCAACAUGUCUGUCUGUAUGAAAUUGGUUGGUGCAGCAUGAUAGAGCUGAACUUCAAGGAUGCAUUUGAUUCCUUUGAGAGGCUAAAAAACGAGUCCAGGUGGUCGCAGUGCUAUUAUGCCUAUCUAACUGCGGUUUGUCAGGGAGCCACUGGUGACGUGGAUGGGGCACAGAUAGUCUUCAAAGAGGUUCAGAAACUCUUCAAAAGGAAAAACAAUCAGAUUGAACAGUUCUCGGUGAAAAAGGCAGAGAGGUUUCGGAAACAAGCUCCAACCAAAGCACUGUGUGUGCUGGCCUCCAUCGAGGUGUUGUACCUGUGGAAAGCCCUUCCCAACUGUUCCUUCCCCAACCUGCAGAGGAUGAGUCAAGCUUGCCACGCAGUGGAUGAUUCAUCUGUCGUUGGAUUAAAGUAUUUGCUUCUUGGUGCCAUACACAAAUGUCUAGGAAACUCAGAAGAUGCUGUUCAGUUCUUCCAGCGAGCUGUUAAAGAUGAGUUGUGUCGUCAGAAUAACUUAUACGUUCAGCCAUAUGCCUGCUAUGAACUUGGCUGCCUUCUAUUAGACAAACCAGAGACUGUAGCAAGAGGCAGAACUCUACUUCUUCAAGCAAAGGAGGAUUUCUCUGGCUACGACUUUGAAAACAGAUUGCAUGUCCGCAUCCAUGCUGCUCUGGCCUCUCUGAGGGAACUGGUUCCUCAGUGACGACACGGGGUUUCUGCUCUGUCCCUCCCCACCAGGUUCUGCACUUUAAAAUAAAAGCAGAGGACACAGCUCUUCCGAAGAUCGGCUUUUCUUCUGAAAACCACCUGUGCCAGGGACACAUUUUCCCACUUAGGCUGACAUAUUCAAGAUCUCCUCUUUUAAACAUAUAGCUGAGAAGUAAUGAUGAUGAUCCUAGUAAUUAUAACUAACCACCUGGGGAGAGGGCUAAGUGACCUUGCUCAAACAUUUUAGUUUUGUGAUUUAUUAUUUUUAAAAUAAAAUCAAACUAAAUAUUCAACCUGUGAUCUUCUAGGAACGCCUACCUUAAGCACACAUCUGACUGGGUAACGCUAGGAGGUACCUGUAAAAUUAUCAACAGUAUUAUGACAUAGCGUUUAUAUUGUGUUUUGAAAAAAAAAGUGCUUUCUAGUGUUUUCCUUUAUCCUCUAACUUGUGAAUAGCAUAGCACAGCACAGAUAUUCUUAUCCCCAUUGUCUAGACAAUGAAACUCAGGCACAAAAAGGCUAAUUGACUUGUCCCAAUUGAUUAUUCCUGUUAGCAGUGGAGCAAUGACUAGAACGCAGAUCUCCUGAUCCCAGAUAGAAUAUUCUUGUUAAAAAAGUGUUAAUAACCCAGAAUUUUGUCUUCCUUAUUAAAACACAAAUGCUCUUCAGCUGAAGUUGUGUCAUCAAAAAAUGCUUAUCUUCAGAUUGUCUACAAAAUGUUUUACAGUAAUGCACACUUUAUUUCCUUUGAAAGCCAACCAAGUAGGAGCAAAUAG